UCUCUCUCCUCCCAACAGAUUGAGAGAGAGAGAGAGAGAGAGAGAGAGCUCCCUCACCUUUGAAUCCCUCCCUCAUAUUUUGCAUUGCAUUAGCUUUGGGAUCCAGAGAUCUAGCUCCUCCUCGAUCCCAAUCUUUUCGCCCGUAUUUACAACAGAAAAGUAAAUCUCCAACGAUCAAAUUCUCUUGGAUCCCCCCAUCUCCCAUCCAAAAAGAUCUCAGCAACCCCUCUUCCAAGAUCAGAUUUUGACGACGACCCGUUUGAAAACCCUGAUCCAAUUUGACAGAAACCCAUUGAUGUGUUCCCAUUAAAUCGUAAGAAAAGAUGAACAGCGAUUAUGCUGUUAUUCCCGUAAACUCCUCCGUUGAACUCCAAAACCAGAACAAUGCAGCCUCGCUCGAAAUCCCUAAUCCAAAGAUUCAAUCCAAGGAAUUCCCCGGUGAACAAAAUAUUGAUGAAUCCGAUGAAAUUGACGGUGUCCCCCUCAUUUUCGAUGGAGAUCUCCGGCCUGAAACCCUAGGUUCUGGCGUUCCCGGCGCUGUCUUCAACCUCGCUACUUCUGUCAUCGGUGCCGGAAUCAUGGCCCUUCCAGCAGCGAUGAAAGUGCUCGGUAUUGGCUUCGGCUUCGUUUCGAUAAUCCUAAUGGGUAUUCUAUCUGAAAUCAGCAUUGAGAUCCUCGUUCGGUUUUCUGUUCUUUGUAAAUCAACUUCCUAUGGGGAAGUUGUGCAAUCCGCACUUGGUCGCCCGAUGAGGCUACUUUCGGAAAUUUGCAUCAUCAUCAACAACGCCGGCGUUCUUGUCGUCUAUCUGAUCAUCAUUGGGGAUGUCAUGUCUGGAUCACUUAAGCACACCGGCGUAUUUGACCAGUUGUUUGGAAACGGAGUAUGGGAUCAUCGAAAAAUGGUGAUUCUUAUAGUCCUGAUAAUUUUCUUAGCCCCAUUGUGUGCUUUAGAGAAAAUCGAUUCUCUAAGCUUGAGUUCAGCUGCCUCUGUCGCUCUUGCCGUUGUUUUUGUUGUAGUCUCUUGCAUAGUUGCUUCUAUCAAGCUUGCGGAAGGAACUAUUGAGAAACCAAGGUUUGGCCCUGAUCUGGGGAGUAAAUCCACAAUUCUAGACUUGCUAGUGGUUAUUCCUAUAAUGACCAACGCCUACGUUUGCCAUUUUAACGUGCAACCGAUAUAUAACGAGCUCGAUGGAAGAUCACCUCAGAAGAUGAAUCGGGUUGGAAGAAUCACAACGGUUUUAUGUGUUGUAAUCUAUGCUGCAACCGCGAUCUCAGGGUAUUUGUUGUUCGGAGAUGAUACCGAAUCUGACGUGUUGACAAAUUUCGACAGAAAACUUGGAGCUGAGUUCAGCAUAAUACUGAACUAUAUAGUCCGGAUUGGAUACGUUCUUCACCUGGUUCUUGUUUUUCCUGUCAUUCAUUUUUCGCUGAGGCAGACUGUGGAUGCCCUGAUAUUUACAAAAUCGGUAUUGGAUGAUAAGAAGAAGGCAUUGCCGUUGACUGUAGUUUUGUUGGCGGUUAUUUAUCUUACUUCUACCGUGAUACCGAACAUUUGGACAGCUUUCAAGUUUACAGGAGCGACGACUGGUCUGUCUUUGGGAUUUAUAUUUCCUGCUCUCAUCGCAUUGAGAUUGGAUAAGCAAGGGAAAAGUCUGAGCGAUGGGGAGAGGAGAUUGUCAUGGUUCAUGUUGGUGUUGGCAGUGGUCGUUAGCAUUAUAGGAGUUGCUGGAAACAUCAUUAGCCUGAAGAACAAAUCUGAGUAGCUUCUGUUUUCUUGGUAAGGUGAUGUUCUUUGUACUAUUUGAUUGUGCAUUUUUACGACGAAACCAUUCGUGUGGUUUCUGAAUCUAUCAAUACAAGAAGAAAGUUAGCAGAUCGCAGGAAUGACUAGGUUGAUUUUUUUUAUUUUAUUUUUUUUUUGUAUUAUUGGUUGGAUCCGGUUACGAGGUUAGGUAUAAACUUAAUGUUUCUUACAACUCAAUUGUAUACAACUGCCCUUUGCAAAUUAUAAUUGUAGUUGUUUUUGUAAUUCA